AAAAAGUUCCUAAAUAAUAUUUUCUUACUUGAGUUCUCUCUUCCACAUUUUAAUACCAAAAUUUUCGCCUUGGUUUUUUUCUAAAAUAUAUCAAAGUAUUUUCUCAAUUUCCAUUCUCUCCUAGAAUCUCCGGGAAAGAAACCAAUCGUCCUUUCUCCCUUUCUUUUUUGAUAAGAAAGGGGGGAAGGGGACAAAAUUAUAACCAUGACAGAUUCUUCUGCCGAUGAUAAAAAAGAAGAAACGAAACCAGUUUUAGGUUUUCCACAUUCUGAACAAUUUCCUCAAUCAGAUCAUAAUUUUGCCCCGCCUUAUUCUAAUUCUGGUUAUCACUAUCCUCCACCAUAUGAUCAAUAUCCAUAUCAGUACCCACAACCCUUUUAUUACUACCCGAAUUGCCAACCUAAUUACUAUAACGACGACAACAACAACAAUAUCCCGCAACCCCAAUUAUCCAACGUAGCCCCACCAAAAAGAAAGAUUAUAACUUUUUGUAGAGUCUUUUUUUGCCUUAUAGUUGUUCUAAUUUUGAGUGUCAUUAUUUAUUUAGUAGUUCAAUGGUGGACACGUUAUGCAUGGUACCCCGACUUUGAGGUUGCAUCAUUUGUUGUACAUUCUUUCAACAUAUCAAACUACCAUAAGUUGACAGCCGAUUGGGAAAUAGACGUGAACGUGAUAAAUCCAAAUAAGAAAGUGGAAAUUAGUUUCGAGUACAUAGCAACUAGCUUGGAGUACAAGUUUCAACUACUGCAAUCGUCGUUCAGCGUGCCCAUUAAUGUGGCAAGAAAAAGCAAUGCUAAGUUUCAUGUUGAUUUUGAUAUUCCGAAUUUGAAUCAGAAGAACAUUGGAGGUCUUGUAGUGAAGGAUAUGGCUCGAGAUCGGAGAAAAGGUCAUAACUUGUUAAUUGAUCUGAGGAUAGAAGGUAUAAUAAUGAAUAUACCUAACAACGGUAGCCCCAAAAGAACGGUGGAAGUUAGAUGUGAAAAUUUAAUGUUGAAGUUCAAGAAUUCUUCUAGCUUGCCAGAGUGGGUAGGUUCUAUAAAAAAAUAUAAACAUGAGUGCGAUUACGAAGACAAUUGGUGGGAUUACAUAUGGUAAACUUCGUGAAAUUUCAUUGGUGUACACCUCAACAAGGAGAGGCUACAAGUGACCUUAUUAACCAUAUCUUACAACAUCGAGGAACAUGGUGAGAUGGAUUCUUCAUCUUUAAGCAGAGUCUCGAGUUUUGAGUCUUGACAAUGGGGAGCGCUUCCUUUUUGGCACGAAGCGCUGCUAUGCGUACCCUCUUUCACCAGCAACAUGUCCUUUUUCUUUUUUUAGUAGAUUGAUAUGCUUAAGCUAGUAUACUAGGUAUCAAGCGCAUGACUUAGAGUGAUAAAGCAUAGACAUGAAUUUUACAAAUAGUUUAAGUUAUAUACACUAUUAGUGUGUCAAUUUUUAGGUUAUGUUUACUCAUUGUAGCAGAUAACUUGCUUUAUUUUCAAGAUUAGAGAUCUCACGAUCUUAUGAAGGCAUAUCUGUAAAUAUUCUUUGAUAACUUGAUAAUGUAAAACUUUUUGUACACACAAUGUAUAUAACUUAAAUUUUUGUUACUUCUUCUCUCUCU